AGAGCCACUCGACCUCGCCCUGGAGCUGCAGCUCCCAGCAUGGUCGACCAGCCCGGUGCUGUGGUCCAGGAGGACCCAUGGAUGUCCGCGCAGGCCCUGGACAGGCUGCUGAAGAUGCCGCUUCCACUGCCACGGAUUCGCACCCGGCCCUGGUGGUUUCCUGCGCUGGAGCUGAGAGACCCAUUGGUGUUUUACCUGGAGGCAUGUCUGGCUGACCCCAUCUUCGGCAAAAACGGAGCCAUGAUUCCGGAAAUAGAGUGGAUGAACCAGGUCCUGCUGACGGUGGAAAAGGUGAACUCCGGGAGCUUAAUCGAAAUCACUGUUUUCGGACAGCCCCGUGUCCAAAAUAGGGUGAAAAGCGUGCUCCUCAGCCUGGCAGCAAGGCACCGGGAGAACCGUGCCCGAGAUAAGAAGAUAAAACAACUUGAGAAGUUCUUGAAGGCCCAUGGGUCACCUCCCCCGACUCCCCAGUCUGCCGGUUCUGGGUCUCCUGUUGCAUGAUAUUGGCAGGAGCAUUAUGAGAACCGACCUGCUCCUGCUCCUGCUCCUGAAGUUAAAAGAAGCAAGUGUCCUUAAAUCUCAGCUUCUUUCUUUCUUUUGCUGGAUGGAUGGGUGGUUUGGUUUUUCUGAUGCAGAUGUGAGUGCAGUUGUAAUAAAAUGAAUUUCCUUUUUGUCCACUGAAAUAAAAAU